UUAGUUCAAAAGUGAUGUCAUGACAAAGACAAGUUCAAGGCUGUUUGCCGCCAUGUCACGCUGUAACCGUGCUAAGAAUUCGUGAAUCUACACAACUUUUAUGGCCAACAAAGCGAAAGAUACGGACUUUAACUAGUCCAGGGAUAGUAAACACACAACCAGUAAACCAUCCCAAUGGAUUCUACCCAAGAAAGACUCCAAAAAGAACUCUAUUUCCUGGUUGCCAAGUUCCUUAGUGGUGGACCAUGCAAGAGGGCAGCGGAGGCUCUGAUAUGCGAAUUGGAAGAAUACGCGCUUCUGCCGAGACGAUUAGACUGGGAAGGAAACUCUCACCCCAAAUCGUACCAAGAAACGUCGUACGAAAAUAGACACAUCUCGGUCGACUUUCUGGCCCAGAUCUCCUCCCGUCUCUGCCCUCUACUCGACAAGUGUGUGCCAUCUAGUGUCCGAGGCGUCCAGACUUUAUUAGGAGCAGGCAGGCAAUCACUCCUAAGAACAGGCUCAGAAAGCAUCCACCCAACUGUCUCCUCAUUGGCUCUCUGCAACCAUGGUGCCCCCCUUCUGCCGCCUAUUGGUAAAAGGCUCCGCCCUAACAUUGCCCAAGUCCUGCUUGGCCGUGAGCUCAGUGGACCUGCUGUCAAGAGACAACUUGCUCAACCCAAUGUUUAUGUCAAGCAGUCAAUGCAUCGACGUAUACUUGGUCACCUAUCUGCCGUCUAUUGCGUUCUGUUUGAUCGGACUGGGCAGUGCAUUAUUACUGGAGCUGACGAUAGCUUGGUCAAGAUCUGGUCCACCAAGGAUGGACGACUCCUGGCCACCCUUCGAGGCCAUAAUGGGGAAGUGUCCGACAUUGCUAUCAACUAUGAAAACACUCUGGUUGCUGCUGGGAGUUGUGACAAGUUAAUCAGGGUGUGGUCGCUGCAGACGACAUAUCCUGUUGCUGUCUUACAGGGCCAUACUGGCAUGAUCACCUCAUUACAGUUUUGUCCGAGUCCAGCUAGCGAUGCAAGAUACCUAAUGUCUACUGGCGGUGAUGGUACUGUGUGCUUCUGGAAGUUUAACCCAGCCAACUACCUCUUUGACCCUAAGCCCUUGAGGUUUAUAGAAAAGUCCAGGCCAGGAACACAAAUGGUGUGCUCGUCAUUCAGUCCAGGUGGGAGCUUCCUGGUCGCUGGAAGCACAGACCACAUUAUUCGUAUUUACCAGAUGAGCCCUGGUCCCCCAGAACGCAUUGCUGAACUAGAUGUCCACUCAGACCAUGUUGACAGCAUUCAAUUCAAUCAUACUGGUGAGAAGUUUCUCAGUGGUUCCCGUGAUGGAACAGCUCGCAUCUGGUUUUUUAAAAGAUCUAAAUGGGAACACAUCCUCCUUGACAUAACUAGGACAUUACCAGGAUGUUUGCCAAUUGAUGAUGCUCUUAAGGCAAUCAAGCCAAGGACAACUAUGGUUGCAUGGGACUUGUGGGAUCGCCAUGUGGUGACAGCAAUCAAUGACCACACCCUGAAAGUUUGGGAGGCCGAGACUGGGGCACUCAUCCAUGUUCUACAAGGUCAUCAUGACGAGAUGUUUGUUCUUGAAGCCCAUCCAACAGAUCCACACAUCUUCCUCAGUGCAGGUCAUGACGGCCUUGUCAUAUUGUGGGAUUUAAGGACAGGGCAAAUGAUCAAGAGUUUCUUUAACUCAAUCGAGGGCCAGGGCCAUGGGGCAGUGUUUGACUGUAAGUUCUCCCCUGAUGGUCUGCAGUUUGCAUGUACGGAUAGCCACGGUCACUUGUGCAUCUUUGGCUAUGGAUCCAGCGACCCAUUUAAUAAGGUCCCUAGCGAGCAGUUUUUCCACACAGACUACCGACCGCUGAUUCGUGACGCUAACAGCUACGUACUGGAUGAACAGACCCAGACGGCACCCCACCUGAUGCCCCCACCCUUCCUGGUUGACGUGGAUGGGAACCCCCACCCCUCCCAUGUCCAGCGACUAGUUCCAGGCCAUGGCAGUAACGUUCGCACUGCCAGGCAACCACCCACUACACCCCGGGCCGAGCUACCCCCCCUGCUUGCCGAAAUCGAGGCUGCCGAGAAUGCUGGUCCCAGCUCCCCUGCUCGUGGGGACGUCGCAGCUAUGCCCCCUCCUCUGCAAAGUCCAGGAGGGAGCAGAAAUUAUGGGAUGCGUCAGAGUGGAGACGUCGAAGGCGUCCGACAGGCGCAUGGAAAUGUUCCGGUCAUCGAGGACGUUUCGGAGGCUGACAUCACGGCUUGGCGGAAACGCAAGAUCGCACCCGAACUGAAGCCGAGUGUAGCAAAGUUUGAGGAAGAUCGCCGUAUACAUCUUGGCCGUAAUGAGCUAAUGAACUACCUUCGGGAAAAGAAAAAGCGUCCGCAAACUGCCGCCGCAAAAGCGAUCCAAGAAGCCGUAGCGCUAAACGAGCGAAGUCAGCGUGCACAAUCACGCAGAUCUUCCCGUCAGGCCAGUCGCGCACGUGAGAGGGCUAGGACUCGUGCCAGGACCCAGCGAGCUAUGUACGCCACACGGUCAGCCAUGUCCGUGGAAGAGACAGAGGAGUCUGGGGAGGAUGAGGUGAUAGUGACACCGAGCGAUAGUGAAGAUGAGGAAGAAUGGAACGAGAGUUCGAGUGAGUCGAGUGAGUAUUCUGAUUGGACAGAAGAGGUCGGGAUUCGCUCACAGCCUCAGAAUGACAACAGACGAACAAGGAGAGUUCGGCGGCUAUUGAGUUCCUCUGAUGACGAAACCUACACUGAUCAGCCGGGCCCCAGCUCUCCACAGCGAUCCCAACAGAAGAAAGAGAAGAAGGAAAAACCGCCGCAAAAAAAGAAGCAGCCUAAAAAGCCCAAGUUGGACAAUGUAGACGACGUUCUCCAAUUCUACAACCCUCCUGAAUGGCUGAUGUGCACCCAGCCCUGCCUAUCCCCCUACGUACCCCAGAUAGGGGACGAGGUGUACUAUCUGCGCCAAGGCCACGAGCGAUAUGUCAAGGAAGUUAUGAGACGAAAGAUCUAUGACACAAACCCGAAGAAGCAAUGCUACUACAAGCUUGGAUUAGAGGCCGUGGAGCUUUGCCGGAUUGUCAGUCUACACUUCUCAUCUAGUAACGGCAUCCCUCCCACCCUCGCCUGCCUCAAACUCGCUCUCAUCAGCCCCGACACAGGGAUUCACACGGGAGCAUCCUUUACUGUCAAGUACCAUGACAUGCAAGAUGUGCUUGACUUUAUCAUCCUACGCCAGCACUACGACCGCUCCAUCGACAGGAACUGGCAAGAAGGUGAUCGAUUUCGUAGCAUCAUCGAUGACUCCUGGUGGGCUGGCGUGAUCACCGAGCGAAGUCCGCUCCAAGAGGAGUACCCCGACAGCCAGUUCAUGUGCUUAACCGUUGAGUGGGACACGGGAGAGACCGAGAGGAUGAGUCCGUGGGACCUGGAGCCUGUAAGCGAUCAAGACCCCGGCAAUGGUGAUGAGACUACUUCCGGUGCAGCUACCAGUAACAUACCGCUGACCGAUGAGGACCGCCAAGCCCUUGCGUACGAGCCGUCCGAGGCGGACUGGUUUGGUGAGGGUCGAGACGAAAUGACGUCACGGAUCAUGGGAUGUGUGGACCGGCUUUGUGAGCUGAGUCUGGCGGGUCCGUUUGUGUACCCCGUGGAUGUCCAGGCCUAUCCCGACUACUGGAGCGUUGUGCCAUACCCUAUCGACCUACAUACAAUUAUCGAGAAGCUAGGCAAUAGAUUCUACCGACGAGCGAAUGCUUUGAUCUGGGACAUCAAGCAAAUCGAGCGCAAUGCACGACUUUACAACGAAGAGGACAGUCAGAUAGUCAGCAACUCAACAAGACUCGUGAACAUACUAUCAGAGUUCAUACGGGAUUCCACGUGCCGUGAUGUUUUGUCAUUGGUUGGUGAGGAAGAGGAAUUAGCAGAAGAAAUCGAGGUAACCCGUGUAUCGGAUGAGUCAGGCGCAGAACAGACCACUGAGGAGACAACUGACGCUCGCGGUAAAAGGAAAAAGGAGUCUGAUCGGAGCCGACGUCAGAACAAGCGACAAAAGAUACAAGAGGAGGAGGAGCCUAGAGAAGAGUCUUGGGUGACGUCUGCGCGAAUUCUACUGAAUUUUUUGAUGUCACGUGAGGACGCCGAGCCCUUCCUGGCGCCUGUCAACCUGGCUGACUUCCCGGACUACACAGAUUACGUGGAACAGCCCAUGGAUUUCUCCACCGUGUGGCGCAAGUUCGUCGAGAAUCAGUACAGCGACCCAGAACAGCUUGUCAGCGAUAUAAGACUCGUGUUCUCCAACUCGCGAGCAUACAACACACAGCCAAGAUCUCGGAUCUACAGCAUGACUAUCCGCCUCGCCGCCAUGUUCGAGGACCGGGUGGAUAGCAUUUUUAGCGACUGGUACGCAUGCGCCUCAGGUGGAGCCCGAAGGACAAGACUGCGGACUCAACAACUCCUGCAAUCCCAGGGUGCAGCGGGAACGAGUAGCGAAAGUCAGCAGUCGUGGCGGAUCGUGAAUGCCCGAGAAGCUUCCGACAGUCGAGCGUACGCUACCGAUAGCACCGAGGAUAGUGGAUAUAGUGUAGUCUCCCGACCGUCGGGGAGUAGAGACCCACUCAGGACAACGAUAAGGCUCCCUCCUACUCGUAGGGCGGGUCCCGCUGAGAACAACACAGCAGCAGCUUCCUCUUCCUCAGCUGCGAGGGUGCCGCCUCUGAGAAUCAGCGUACGAACGAUAGCAGAGGUGUCCCCCCCUCAGGAGGCGGGCCCCCCUGCACGGGGUGGAGCCAGAUCCGCUCGCGUCGGGAGACAGUCGGCAGCGGCGGUCGCUGUGUCAUCAGAGGCGGGAGGUAGCAGCACCAGAAGACGGCAGCCCGCUCGGCCAGAGGUGGUUGUGAACGGAGACGCUGCCCCACAUCAGUACUCUACGAGAAGGCGGGCAAGGCUGGUAUCCGAGGAGACGAAUGAUGACGAGGACGAAGACGAAGAGGAGGAGGAGGAGGAAGAGAAUGAAGACGAGGAAAAUGGUGAAGACGAAGAGAAUGGCGAAGACGAAGAGAAUGAAGAGAAUGGUGAAGACGAUGAUGAUGAAGAAGAAGAAGAAGAGGAUAGUGACGAGAGCGAGGAGAGUGAGUACUUAGAGGAGCAACCAUCUCGGCGUAGUACCGUAAGACCCAAAGUCCGCCCGACUGCCUUACCGAGUAAGUCCGGUUCACGUUCGGCAGCUUCUAGGACCUCGCGUUCUUCCCGUUCGCGUAUAACCUCGUCGGGUAGUACUCGAAGCAACCGGUCAAACCGUCGGUCGAGCAGUGCGUCGAUAGACCAGGAGACUCGGUCGAGUAGACGCACGCGAGGGCGGGGCGUGUCGUAUGCCGAAACCGAUAGUGACAGUGACGGCGAGGUGCUCACUGUGUCGAGCCGAGGGCGCGUGCGCAGACCCACGCAAAGGAUGCUGGACUACAUUGAAUAAUCUUGAUGCUUAUUCAAUGUAGCAAAGGAUACUAGUCUUAUUCGAAUAAGCCCGCUAAAAAUGCUUGGAUUUUUUUUUUUUUUUUAAUGAGCCCGCUAAGAAUGCUUGGACUGUUUGAGUAAGCGCGCUAGGGAUGCCGGGUUUCUUCGAGUGGUUUGCGAAUUACCGAAGCUUAGAUAUACUAAAUACUACAUAUUUAUAUAAAAUUUGACAAAGUAGAGUUCUACCAUUAACAGAUAAGCAUGAAAAUAAAUAUCUGAUAUAAUUGUCGCGAGCAUAAAGAUUCUAGAUUAAUAAUAUAAGCUAUAUAGUUGUAACUAGUAGUCAGUAUGUGUAAAUGUGAUACGAACAUUGAAGACACCGCUGUUUCUAAUUUUCGCGGGCACGCCUAACCAAUUUCACGGCUUUUCGUUCUCAUCUGGUGUCCGCACGUGGAAAAUGAAAGGUGACCGCUAUGCUAGCGGAUAUUUUUUGGCAAGUUUGUACAUUUUUAUAAGCCUAAAUCUGGCAAUUCUAGAAUAGAUUUUUUUCUACCGAAGUCUGCUUUUCAUCAAAGAAUGACUAGCUAUAAUUAUUUAUUGCUGUGCAAGGGUUUUUGAUAUGUUUUGAUUUAUCUUUAUUCAUGACGAUACCUGUACCUUUUCCUCUCCUUCCCUGGAAAAUUUGUAAAAUUUCUUCCUCAGUUCGCCUCCGAACCUGAAUAUUACGAUAUCAGCCUAUUACUUUGUCAGUACUGCUGUAUAUUAUAAAAAAAAAAUGUUUUUUUUCUAUUUUUGUAUGGUUUGUGCAUAUUUCUUAUGGCUUAUUUGCGAAUAAAUUCUAGAAAAGUUA